AUGAACGUCGAACCAAUUUGUGGCAGUGAUGGAAGAACUUAUAAUUCAUAUUGUGAGGUGAAACGUGCGAUAUGUCAUGGUAAUCCGGUCAAAAAACAGUUUUCUGGACCUUGUCCCGAAAAUUUACGAUGCCAACUGGAAAGAGCUUAUCAGUUGAAAUUAGCAGCGGAAAAAAUGAAUAGCAGCGAAGUUUACGUACCGGAAUGCAAUGCUACCGAUGGUUCAUAUGCUACCAUACAGUGUCAUAGAAGUACGGGUUAUUGUUGGUGUGUGACACGGAUUGGACGACCGUUACCAAGUACAUCUAAACGAUUUGGCAUUCCAAAUUGUCAUAUUUUACAAAAAACAAAAAUUGGACGACGUUCACAUCGAAAAAGUAAUGGCGAUUCUUUAUCCUUAAAUGUUUGUUCGACAGCCGAUCGAUCGACAUUCAAUGCCAAUUUAUUGAAUAUUUUUAAAAAAGAAUACGAACGAAGUGAACAAAUUUUGCAUCAUACGAAUGGAGCAAUGCAAUUAUUUGAUAAGAAAAUAUUGAUAUGGAAGUUUGGUCAACUUGAUAAUGAUAAGAAUAGCCGGUUAAGUUCGAAAGAAUUCGGCGGUUUACGUCGUCUUGUUCGAAAGCAUGUUACACCAAAAAUUUGCGCCAAAAAAUUUGCUAAAUAUUGUGAUUUAAAUAAGGAUGGCGAAAUAAGCGCUCGUGAAUGGAUCACUUGCUUGGGUAUUGAUAUUUCCACAACAAUAGCAACAACAACAAUAACAACAACAACAACAACAACAAUAACAGCAGCAGCAGCAACAACAAUAACAACAACAACAACAAUAGUAGCAACGUUUCGAUGA